UGUUUUCGUGUUUUGCUUUUGUUCAAAGAUGAUCCUCGUUUGAAUGACUUUCAGCUUUGGCAAAGGACAGCCUAAAAACUGUCCCGUCGAAUAAAUAGAAUUUUACGUACCAUUAUAUACCGACGAUUUGCAAUUUGUGCAAAUGAUAAAUCUAAAACAGCUGUUUUGUAACUGGUAACUCAUAAAUAACAUAUUUGCAGCUACGGACUGAAGUACAUGUUGCCUUCAUAAUUCAUCUUUCAAUUAAGUAUUAUUCUUACCUUUUCAACGACACGUAAAUUUAGUUUUGAUUUGUUGAGAAAUUUACAAGAUGGGUGGGGAAGACAAAUUAAGUCGCAAGAUGGUCUUUCCAUAUACAUUCACUGCAAAAAUAGUUCAGUUCCCUCACAAAUUGCAUUUCAAACAUCAUUGGAUGUACCCUUGGUUUAUUGGUGCUGCCAUCUUAUCUAUGCCAUUAUUUUAUAAGAUUCAACAAGCUGCCAACUGUGAGGCGAAUAUUAAAAUUUGGGCUGAAAAAAGGAGACGUGAAGAGGAACAUCAUAAGCAUAAAUGGGAUUAAGUUAAAAUGUAAAUUUGUAGAAAAUAAUCAUAUUUAAUAUAUAAAUGUCAUUUCUAUUAGUGUUACUGCGAGUUAUUCAAUUAAUGAAAUUAAAAACAUGUUAUAAAAAUUAA